AUGGCGGCCGUCUCAGGUAACAUCUAUGUGGGGGACUUCUCGCAGUCGCAGUCAAACUUUGACCACAGCUGCUAUCCCUUCGACGACAAAAAGGUGAGAUUCGAAAUCAGCAUCCAAAAGCCGGGGAACUACAUCUUCAACCUGGAACUGAUGUGCCCGAAAGAACGGCUCAGCGAGAUGUAUGUCGACGAUAAGAACAACUCUCGGGUUCGCAAGUGCACCGGCGACGCUGCAGGAUCUUAUGUCGGUUUCGACUGGGGCAACUUCACCUGUGAGCGUAUAAGCCAGCAGGUCAUCAUGUGCAGCAUUGUGGGCAUCAGGCAGUGGGAUAGCAUCUUCAAGGGACACAUUUGGCCCUCUUUUAUCUUCAGCGCCAUGGGCUUUCUGUCCUUCGCUCUGAGUGUGAAGAUGUCUAUGCCCCGCGUGGCCACCACGAUGCUGGCGCUGGUAUCCCUCACUUCUCUUCGGAACUCGGUGAUGGAGAAGCUGCCGGUAUCCGGAAGCACCAGCUGGCUGGAGGAGUACUUCUUGGUCUCCAUGACAUUUAUGCUGCUGAACCUUUGUGGCCAUGCUUUUUCUUUCUAUUUGGACGGGAAAGGGAAGAUGAUGACACAGAAGAUGGUUAACAAGAUCAACUUUUACGGCAUGAUCGCCAUUGCUUUCUUCGUGACGAUGGCGCGUCUUCACGAGCGCAACUGCCCGCUGGUGGACCGA